AUGGAUCCUGUCCGACAGCAGCAGCCAGGAACCGACAGUCCUCUCCGUGAAAAGGAUGGGGUCCAUCCCAAGCUGAGCGCACAAAGACUGGAUCAGAGUCCGAGGGUGCACGAGAGUUGCGCUCGAAACAACUCCCGGCUCACUUUUGGUGGAUUUACUCCCACAGCAACAUGCCACUUUGCUAAGAGAGUGGUGGAACCUCACUUACUGUGCAGGCAUGGGGUCCCGAACGAGGAGGGUGCGCUGUUCGAGGACCUGUGCUCCAUCAGUCAUAUGGCUCUGGCUCGGACGCUGCGCCAGCUGUCGGACCUGGCCAAACACGCCUGCUCCAUCUUCCAGGAGCUGGAGGUGGACCUGACGUCCACCGAGCGGCGGCUCUGCGGCCUGCAGGGGAAGAUCAGUCGGAUCCAGAACACCAGCGCCGGACUGGACCCAAAACAGGAGGCAGUGCCGGUGUCUAACCUCGACGUGGAGAGUAAGCUGACAGCACAUUACCAGGCUCCCUGGCACCAGCAGAAGAAUGUCUUCCAUCCGUCCACACGGCCGGCAUGUGUUCAAGAGCUGCUCGGCCAUGCCAACAUCAGCCUGUGGGGCCCAGACAGAGAUGACCAACAGAGAGAGUCGGGCAGCAGGGAGCGGAGAGUGACCAUCUCCAUCUCAGCCGUGCCUCCAAUGCCCAUGUAUCCGUCAGCAGACCUCCUGCAGAGGCAGCGGAAAAAAGGCGGUCACUUGAGAACGUUUGAACACACCCGCUCCUCCUCUCCCACCGAAUGUUGCCACUUCUCCCCCUGGAGCAAAAAGGCUGUGCCCACUGACCCCGACACUGAAGGGCUGGCCCUAGGCCACCGAUCUAAGUUUCCCAUCCCUAACACCCCCUCCACCCUGGACAAGCAGACUAACUGGUCUAAAGCGCUGCCACUGCCCACCCCAGAGGAAAGAAUGAAAAGCAGCUCACAAGUCAUCACCUCAUGCAUCAUCCCCAUUAAUGUGACCGGGGUUGGCUUUGACAGAGAUGCUAGUGUGCGCUGCUCGCUGGUUUACUCGCAGUCUCUGCUUCAGAGGAGGAGGAAGUUGAGGAGACGGAGGACUGUCGCUGGCGUUCCAAGGCAGCUGCAGCAAGAUUUAGACUCCCAUUCUCCUGGUUCCAGAGAACGGACUGUGAUUGUUUAUGCCAGUUCAGAUAUCACUCCCUGUAAUGAUGACCUGGUCUGUCAGCUGAACACCAGAGAUUCUGGUUGCCAGACAGAAGACUUUCUGAUCUCAGGAGCACCAUCUCGAAGGAGACUCAGGGGCCAGAGGAGUCACGGAGCCUCCCUUAUUCUCUCCCACUCUGCGGGGAACAUCUCCUCCCUGGCGGACAGCAGUGACGCCAUGUUCGCCGCUUCAGUAAUAACACAACUGCGCUCCCGUAGUCUUCCCCGAGACGGGAGCUGUGCGAUAGACAACAGUCGCAGUGACACUGAUGAAGAUGAAGAGGAGGGGCUUUCCCCCUUUGAAACUGAGGACUUUCUGCACAGACCUGGGGAGUUAAUUCUGAAGGAUGACGAAGAGAGCACAGAUGACCAGACAAUGCCUAACUGCCAGUUGGGUAACAUGAAGUACAAGCAGCACUCUGAGAGUCCAGAACGUGGCUGGAUGGAGAGGAGCCGGUCCCAGCUGCCCAGGACAGCUGAUAUGGGGAGCUGUGAGAUCUCAUCAAGCUCAGACACUUUCAGUAGCCCCGUCCACUCUGUGUCAGCCACAGGGGUGCUGGGAAGCCAGAUAGACCAUAAGGAAGACCAUCAGUCCUCCAGUGGGAACUGGAGUGGGAGCAGCUCUACUUGCCCUUCACAGACCUCCGAAACAAUCCCACCAGCAGCCUCUCCACCGCUGACUGGCUCUUCACACUGUGACUCCGAGCUGUCCUUGAAUGCUGUAACUCACAUCAAUGACGACCAAGGCAGCUACAUCCUGGAACACUACCAAAUGGACAAAUUUCACAGCCUCAGAACCCAGCGGACGGGCUCCUUCUCCUCCACAGCCAUGGACAUAUUGGAGGAAGCAGGGGUCAGCACUCCUAGUGAAGGGGAGUGGGGUUACCCAAUCCCGGACCCUCCAUGCUCCCAGAGCCCCGAGAGGAGCCGAGAGGUCGAGAGCAGCCUGGGCUGCCCCAGUUUCACCAGCAUGGCCACCUGUGAGAGCAGCUACUCUGACAAGCCUCUGUCAGAGAAAGCAGACACUGUUUCACACUACUCCGUAGACACUGAAGGCUACUACACCUCUAUGCACUUUGACUGUGGUCUUAAAGGUAGCAAAAGCUUCUCUUAUAACUAUGCAGCUACUAGUUCUGAUUGUGGCCUGUCUGACCUAAGUGGCCAUAUGACAUUUGGGAGACGUUGCCUCUCACUGAGAAAACCAAAGGUGAAGCCGUCUCCCCCAAAGAGGAAUUCAUCGUUGAGAAAAAUAUGCAGUGAGGGAAACAUCCCUGACAUGAAAGAACCAAAGAUGACUUGUAGUCAGCAACUUGCGUUAUCCUCCAAAGAGAGGAAAGUGCACCGGGCUUUAGCUCGGUCUACAGCUUAUGUACAAAACCCUGUGGACGUUAGAGAGCCACUUGAGGUGUGGGAGGUUAAAGGUUCAGCUGACCUACCAGACAUAGGUGUGUUUAGCUCCACUGAUGCACAUUUAUUUAAGGAUGAGGGGGUCGUACAGUCGGACUAUGCUGAUCUCUGGCUCCUGAAUGAUUUAAAAUCCAGUGAUCCUUACAGAUCUUUGUCAAACUCAAGCACGGCGACAGGAACAACUGUGAUUGAAUGCAUCAAAUCACAAGAGAGCUCUGAAUCUCAGACAUCCCAGUCUGGGUCCAGAGCCACCACUCCCUCCCUUCCAUCAGUGGAGGGAGAUUUCAAGCUGGCAUCUCCUGAGAAACUGGCAGGCUUAGCCAGCCCAUCCAGUGGCUACUCCAGUCAGUCAGAAACCCCAACCUCCUCAUUCCCAGCCGCCUUCUUCCCUAGUCCCCUGUCACCAUCAAGUGGCAAGAGGAAGCCCAAAGUCCCUGAACGGAAGUCGUCACUUUCACUGCACUCUCGUUCCUGCAGGGAAGGAGUCACCUCAACAAAGAGAGACCUUGAACUGCCGAUGAUACCUCCCUCCCAUCUCAACUUAAGUGCACUUCCUCAUGGUGGUGACAAGGUUUCCGUGUGCAGCAACCAGAUACAAAACUUUCACCAAAGCAAACAGAAAAGUGCUUUGUCGCCAAACUCAGAGGGGUUAAAUACCCAGCUGAUGUCCAUCACACCGACAGUACUUCACUCAGUACAGCUCAGAUCCGUCAGUAAAGAGCAUAACAAAAGUGGUGAUGGCAAGAGAAAUGUUACACUCAACAGUCCCGCCGUGGACUCGGUGAGCACACAGGCCAGUCGUCAGUCCGUAGAAACAAUCAAUCUUCUUGCUUCCACUUUGCAACACCAUCGCACACCGUGUCCGGAGCCAUGUGAACCAUACAGCAGCUCAAAAGACAAGACUCCAGAUAUAGUAUGUCCAAGUGAUAACAGCUACAAGCUGGACAGAGACGCUCCAGAUCCCGAGUCAGAUCCACCAUUAGAGCAGCAGCUCAGCCAUAAGGUCCCUGACAUGACCUCUAGUGAAGAAAGAAACACAAGCAUAGAAUUAGCUGCCAUCAUCUUGCAGUCAGAGCCAUUCCACCCCCUAACAACUGAGCCACCUGAUGAAGAACUUUGUUCCAAAACAUCCAGUCCUCCCACUGCUGAUCACACAUCACCCAAAAGAACUGACAGUCUUGAUAAACUUACUGUGGGUGAUUGUCAGUCAGACAUGCUGCAAAUGUCUACAAUCCAGAAUGAAACCAGCAAAGAUUUGGAAUAUGAUGCAACAGCUGAAAAUUCUCCACGAGACAUUAAGGAGGAGUCCACAACGGAAACAGAGGAUUACUUCAGUAAAGAUUCUACACCCAGUGACCAUUCAGUAUCGUCACUGAGUGACGAGUCCAGGCCAGAUGAUGACAGUGUGUUUCUAUCACCCACUAAAAGUCGGACCACUGAGGACCUGUUUGCGAUGAUCCACAGGUCCAAGAGGAAAGUUUUAGGAAGGAAGGAUUCCACUGAGGUGGGUGUUAGAAGCCGCCUCUGCGCCGCGUCGGGGACCUCCCCUCCCAGCAGCACACUGAGCUCUCCAGGCUCACCGAGUUCGCCGAUGUCUGCAGCCUCCCCCUUCACCUCAGCAGGUUCACACAAAGUACCUGGGCCCAUCUACAGAAGUGCCAAGAAAUCCAGCACCUCCAAUGAGGAGUUCAAGCUGCUGUUACUUAAAAAGGGCAGUCGCUCAGACUCCAGCUACCGCAUGUCAGCUACAGAGAUCCUCAAGAGCCCCAUUGCUCCCAAAUCCUUCGGAGAAUCCAUGAUGGAGUUGCCCAGACAACCUGAGGAGCCCACUUCUCCACUGCACCAGGCCCUAUCAACUCCAGACCAGCUCUCCAACUCGCCAUAUCCAAAAGCUAACACUGAGAGCGUCUCCCCGAGGUCCUUCACUACAUCUUCUGCCUCCAGGCAAGGCCGCUGCAGGAUCCCGCCACCCGCCAACAGCAGCCGUUACAGCAUCCGCAGCAGACUGUACAAUGCACCCAUGCAAGCCAUCUCUGAGGGCGAAACAGAAAACUCAGACGGAAGUCCUCAUGACGACCGCUCAUCACUGGGCUCCGACUGAAAAACGGGAUCCAAUUGUGCUCAACAGGUCAGAAGAGGAUUAUCAGGUCAGACAUGAACGAACCAGAAUGAGCUGUGAGCAACCAACACAGGAUGUGUUUCUGAGUCCAAAAUUAUCACAAAAACCUCUGAUUAUGAGCUUCAGAGAAAUUUCCUUCUUGUUAUAUGAAGCCCUUAAAGGGACAUGAACAAAAUAAAAAGUACCAGAGACGGGCACUGGAUAUACUUCUGUGACAUCUCACAAUAGUGUUGCGAGAUCUAGCAAAACUACAGUGAGUUCAUUUUGUCUCUCUUCUUACAAGUUAUGUCUCCUUAUGGGACCUCUCUAGAACACAGGAACUCUUCCAAACCCUCCUCCAUGAUUCCACAAGCUUGCUUCCUUCAGCUGUCCAAAGUGCAGUGAACUGACCCGGACGUGAAUGACCUAAAUUAAAAAUUGGGCAAAAAUACAUCAAAAAAAUCGACUGAUAGUCAUAAUUUAAAUUAAAAGUUGAAACAGAGGCUACAAGUAUACCAUAAGGUAGCAGAAAAUGAAUGUAGUCUUUUAUAAUCAUAAGUUGACAGAACUUAAGGUGAAUAACGGUAGUUGCCCAUGGCAACCAAUAUUAAAAAAAAUGAUGUGACUGUCAGAGCCUUUGCUACUGACCCCAAAGGGAAGUAGGCUACAUCAACCAUGUGGGAAGCUUUUGCAAGAUCUUGUAACAAAAACUAUCGCGAGAUCUCACAAAAGUAUAUCCAGCGCCCGUCUCUGGAAUAUGUUUUUUUUGUUCCCCCUCCCCUUUUUUCUUCAUGUCCCUUUAGGGGCUCUAAUUUUACACAAAUUUAUCUGUAUUUAAAAAUAGUUUAUGCAUAUCUUGUGUGUUUUGUUUUUUAAAUCCAUAUGCAUUCUUAAUUAAACCAUAUGACUGGCCGUCAGAAAGAAGAAUAACUUCAUUCCUGCUCAGCCUGCGAGGGGAAACAAGCAGCAAAAAGACUCUUAAAACAAUGUGUUUGCUCCACACGUGAAUGCUGAGAUUUAUGUUUUAUUUCCAUUUGAGAUAUCCAAGCGGUUGCCUUCUUUCUGCCUUUUGGUUGAUGUUAUGAUGUGUUACAUGGUUCUUUAGGAUUUUGGAAAAAUCUCGUAAUUUGAUAUAUUUCAUUAUAUUGUGAAUAUAGAAAAAUAUACUGUACUUACUGCGUGUAUUCUGUGAAUACCUAUGCAAUUUGACACAAAAUUUGUAUGUUUUUCUUAAGCUACAAUCCACAACACCAAUUUGAUAAUCCAAUAGAAAGUCGUUUUGAUACUCCCACGAUUAACACUGUAUGAGACAGAGAAGACAAAAAAAUGUGACGCUUGAACACUUCGAGUUAAUAUUGCUGGAAUACAGCAGUUGUGAUGUGUUUAUUUAUAUUUUGCAAAGUCCUUUCAAUAGAAUAUGCUAUAUUAUUUUAAUGUUGGCUUACUAUCACAAUGUUUGAGAUCUUCGUGCAGUAAAAUUAUUCAGAGUUAAA